UGCAUCCGCUAGUCAGACACUUAAUGCCAUGGAGAAUCAAACCUACCAUUCUCAAUUUAUCAGUUCAUUCCAUUAAAAUCUAUGAAACUGUGCUGUAGAUAUGGUAACCUGUCAAUCAAAAUCAUCAGAUAACACUAAUGAAAUAAAGACACCUAGCAAAAGCCCUCAAGUUAAUUUGUUCCAGCAAAUUUGUGAGAAAAGACUGCUACUUUGAAUGGCUACUCGGCCUGGCAACAAGAUGGUUCAUGUUAAACUGGUGGGUUGUGUCUAUAAAUCUCAGCUUCUUUUUUUUUUUUCCCUUUUUUUUUUGGCAUCUUUCAGUGGAGUAGUAUUGUAGUUUUUGGCUUGAUUUUUAAUCUUUUGAGGCCAUUUUGAUCAUCAAUGUCCCUGAAGGCUGAUGAUCAUGCUUGGUUUCGAAGCAUACAUGAUGAUUCUGAGAUGUUUUGGUACCUUCCAGGUUCUUGUUGGUGAUAUGGGAACUGGGAAAACCAGCUUGGUUUUGAGAUUUGUAAAGGGUCAGUUCUUUCAAUCCCAGGUAUACAUAGAUUCAAGCUAAGUCGUUUUUCUGAACGAUUUGAUGGACUCAACUGACUUAUUGAGAUGAUUUUGAUCUGUUAUCAGGAAUCAACAAUUGGUGCUGCUUUCUUUACUCAAAUACUUUCUCUGCCAGAAGCCACUUUGAAGUUUGACAUAUGGGAUACGGCGGGUCAGGAAAGAUACCACAGCUUGGCUCCGAUGUACUACCGGGGCGCUGCAGCAGCCAUUGUUGUAUAUGAUAUCACAAAUAUGGAUUCUUUCGUACGUGCCAAAAAGUGGGUCGAUGAGCUAAAACGUCAAGGCAAUCCUAAUUUGGUGCUGGCUCUAGUAGCAAAUAAAUGUGAUUUGGAAGCCAAAAGGGAGGUCAGCAAUGAGGAAGGCGAGCAGUUCUCAGAAGAAAAUGGCAUGUUCUUCACUGAAACAUCCGCAAAAAUUGCCCUGAAUAUCAACGAGCUUUUCUACGAAAUGGCCAAAAGAUUGGUGAAAGUGAUUCCUUUACGCCCUACCGGCAUGAGGCUUCAUGACAACACAGAGAAUAGAAGACCAUCAUUUUGUAACUGUUCCUGA